AUGAAAAUGAGAAAAAUAGCGCUUCUUAAUCAACGAUUAAUUGAUAUAAUUAAUAUUUUCUUUUUCGGAUCAAGAAGAGAAGAGAAGAGGAGAGAAGAAGAAGUAGAACAAAACGAAAUUCUAAAAACUCCUGGAAGGUUGAAAUAUUUAAAUAAGAAAAUAAAAAAGAUAACAUUUUUUAUUUUACUCUUCGGAUUGACCGUGACAACAAAAUCUUCUUUGGUCAAUGAUGUUAAAGAUAUCAAAACGAAAUUAGAUGGUAUAAACGAUGACGUAGUAGUCAAUUCCAGCAGCAGCAGCGUUGUGAAAAGGCAAAAUGCCGAAAGGAGAGAACAUUCAUUUAAUUCCGAUGGAACUGUUAAUUAUCACGGUAGCGGAAGCGGUCACGAUUCCGGAGAUUUAUUACCACCUUCCGGUCAUGGAGGUUAUUCAAGUUUGGGUGGUUCCGUAUCGAUUCCUUCGGGAUCCUACGGCGUGCCAAAAUUUAACGUCGGCCGUACGAAACCUUCGGGUUCGUACGGUCCUCCCGUUAAAAAUCCUUUUAGGUUUCCUAAAAAUACGUAUUCUGCUCCUCCUCCAAAACCUGUUUACGGACCGCCUUCUUAUAAACCCUCACCUCCGCAAUCUCCAAAACCGACUUACGGAGUUCCUCAUGCUCCGAUAUCGAAACCUUCUUUCAGUCAAAGACCCGUACCCGUAUAUGGACCUCCGAAAUUUUCCGUGGGAACGCAGUUAAGCGUGGUUAAUAAUUUUAAUUCUCACAGUGGUCCGCCCAAGAUCAAUCCCACGUACGGAACUCCAUUGUUACCAAGUUCAUCGUAUGGACCACCGAGUUCGUCUCAUAUUUCAAGUGACAUUCCAAAUUUGAAGUUUGAUGGCUGGAAACCGAUACCUGGAAUUGCAGCAAAUGCUCCGAGUAGUUCUUACGGAGUUCCGCAUCAUGGUGGCGGUGGAAAUGAUGGGGGAUUUUUCGGAGCUACUGCAGGUGGUGAUUUGAGCAGUCACACUGUCUCUAGUACAAUUCAUAGUUCCUCUCAUCAUUCGUCUGCGUCGUUCGGUACCUCUUCAUUUGGAGGCUCAUCAUUCGGUUCUUCUGGCUUAGGAACUUUAUUACAUUCUUCAAAUUCUUUUGGUUCGUCGUCUAAACCAAGUACCUCUUAUGGUACUCCUCUUAAACCUAGUUCAUCAUACGGUCCUCCAAGUGGUUUUGGAUUCUCUAGUGGUGGAUCGGUAUUCUCAAGCCACUCCCACAGACCUAGCACCGUUUAUGGUGUGCCUAAAAAGCCCAGUAAUCAUUUCAGCUCAUCCGGAUCUUUUAAUUUUGGAAAACGUCCUAGCUCAUCUUAUGGUCCCCCGAAACGCCCUAGUUUUUCUUAUGGCCCUCCAAAUUCUUUGAGUAGCUCUUAUAAAAUUCCAUCAACUUCUUUCGGCUCAUUUGGUGGAUCGGGAUUUUCAUCAAGCGUAUCUUUCAAACCGUUAAAAUCCCCAAGCAGUACUUACGGCCCUCCAAAACCAUCAAGUUCUUACGGCCCUCCACGACCUUCCAGUUCAUAUGGACCCCCACGUCCAAUAAAACUACCUAGCAGUUCUUACGGUCCACCUAAACCACCAAGUGUUUCUUACGGGCCACCAAAACCGCCAAGUAUUUCCUACAGGCCAUCAAAGCCUUUAAGUAGUUCUUACGGUCCCCCAAAACCUCCAAGCAGUUCUUACGGUCCGCCACCAAAACGACCAAGCACUUCGUAUGGACCUCCAAAGCCUUCAAAUAACUUUUUCAGUCCCAAACCACCUAGUAUUUUGUAUGGAACACCUAAACCACCAAGUAUAUCUUACGGCCCCCCAUCUGCUCCUGGUAAUUCUCAAUUUCUAUCAAAACCGUCAAGCAGUUUUCACAGUUCUGCUCCAAGCAGUUCAUACGGUCCUCCCGUUUCUUCUCACGGCUCAUCAUUUCCGAUUAAUUCAAUUAGUAAUUCUUAUGGACCCCCAGCUUUUACAUCAUACAAAGUUCCAAAGCCCAGCCAUUCUGUAACGGUUCCACCAAACACAUCGUACAGAGGAUCAUCCGGCUUUUCCGAAGGUUUAUAUAAAGCACCUUUGGCUCCCAAUAUACUAUACGGAGUUCCAGCAGAACCAGGUUGCUGCGGAGGAGGAGCAGGUGUUCAAACGGGUGUUUCAGGUUUUGGAAGUGGUUUCGGAGUUCCUGCUUCAGACGUUCACACUUCAAUCGUACCAUCAAUCAGUUUUGAUUUGCCAGUGUCUACUAUAAGUCCCAGUCAAUCUUACGGUCCUCCCACAUCCGCUGGUCAUUUGGGGCCAAGCAACAUUCCUCCGACGACUUUACCUUUAUCACAGCCUAAAAAACCAGUAAAAUUUCGUCCUCCGGUACCUGACGGUUUAAUUUCGUCGAUAGGAGCAAAAUGGGGAAAUACAGGAGUUUGGGGUGGUUCAUCGCAUUCGCAUCAUCACCACAGUAACACCUACAUUCCACCUGCGGUUCCAGACCCCGAUCCCGGCACCAAAGGAAAUAAAGAAAAUCCACUCAUCAUACCGCCUCCGACAGCUCCACCAGUUCAAUACGGUCCUCCUGGAUACAGCGGAGGACACGACGUACAUCAUCAAGCUUCGACUCAUUUUGAUUCAUCGGUCGCUUCCAACGCACUUGAAGGAAAUUUCAAUACGUCUCCUUCACCGCAGCAACAACAACAACCAGAAACUUACGAACCAAGUGCAAGUCCUAAUGUACACAACGACAUUCAAAGAAUACCCAUUCAAGGAUCACAAGGUCGAUACACUCUCGAAAUUCAAGCAUCGGGAGGAAACACGGGUCAGCAAGUACCGCACGGAGAAGUUCUUUCAAACGGUUUACUACAAGAUAUAUUAGCCGCAAUAGAAAAUCCAUCAGAAUCUGUGAAAUUGCAACAAUACGGUGGACAACCACAAGUUAGCGAUCCCGUCGCCAACGAAAUCGGAAUGACGGUACUCAAACAACUCGGUGGCACCUUAACGCAAGAAUCCAUCGGAAUUCAACUACCCACGCAAUACGGCAAAGAUCUUAGCCACGCAUCAUCGGACAAUUUACCCGAUUACAGAUCGACAAACAUCCAAACGGACAACGACUCGAGCGAAAGUUCUUCGACGUACUACAAUUCAGAAAGUGGAGCAACUCAAAGCGACGACUCAAUUUCGAAUCAAUCAAACAACAAACAAAUAUCUUUUUAUUACAAUAACGAAAACAAUCAAAGCAACCGAGAAGGAAAUUCGCGAAGCGACAACAAAAAUUUAUUACUAGUACAAACGCCGUCAUCGAACAAUAAUAAUAAUAAUAAUAAAAAUAAUAAUAAUAAUUCAACGACAAACUUCUCCCGAUCGGAAACAAACGAUUACGAUGGAAAUUUGUCACGUUUUCAAUCGGAAAAUCAUCAACAACAAGGUCGCGACGAAUCGGAAAAUUCAUCCAUUGUUUUUAAUGAAUCGCAAAAUCGCGAUAAAAAAAGAUCGCUCUCGUCUUAG